AUGUCUUCGUAUUCACGAGCAUUGAACGAGGCUGCCCUCGAAAACUUCAUCUACCUGCCAGUCAGCAGUCAGAUGAUCAAUUACCUGGCCACCAAAGCAUCAGAGGUCAUCCAGUGUGAAGCAACUUCCGCAAAGUCAAGUCGCUUACCACCAUCACCUCCCCAGACUCCUCCACAAAAUGUUGCCUCCGAAUCAUCACCCGAUCUUCCUUCGUUGGAGCGAUUCAUUACUUCAUUAGUACGAAUGUCAAAUGUUCAAGUACCAACACUGAUGACUACCCUCGUCUACCUCGAAAGACUGAAGAAGAAGUUACCUCCUGUUGCCAAAGGUUUGAAAUGUACAGUACACCGCAUCUUCCUCGCAGCUCUCAUCCUCUCAGCAAAAUUCCUCAAUGAUUCCUCACCAAAGAACAAGCACUGGGCCGAGUAUUCAAAUGUACGAGGAUACGAACCAUUUGGAUUCUCGAGAACCGAAGUCAACCUGAUGGAAAAGCAACUUCUCUUCCUCCUGGACUGGGAUCUCAACAUCAGCGAAGACGAUCUCUACCUGCAUCUCGAUCCCUUCCUCGCACCAAUUCGAUGUGAAAUCCAACACCAAGAGGAUCGAGCCCGAGCCAAGGAACGUCGCAAGCGAGCUCUACGAGAACAACAACUCCAGGAAGCCGAAGCAGCAAGACAAUAUCAGGCCAACCUAGCUGCUGCCCAAUACUGGAUGCCAGAGUACGAUGAGAAGAACUCGCUCGUCUACCAAGGCCAAUACGUCGAUCCAACCGGCUCCAUCAUCCGAACCACACGAUACGAUUCUACACCUUCUACCUCCGACGUCCCAGACCUUGCACGUUCCGAAACCGCAGACCCAUACUCCUCUUCCUCAUCCUCUUCAGGAUCCUCAUACCGAUCUAACAACAACUCCCGAGCUGGAACUCCCAAUUCGAGUGUGGGCAGUUACUCUAUUGAAGAUUUGGCACCUUCUUGUGAUGGCCUUCCAAGACCUUUCAACACCAGCCCUUCACAUUAUCAACAUGUCGUUCGAGACACUGUUCAUGUACAUAUCGCCGACCAACACAUUGGUGUCGUACCUGGAAAACACUCCAUGCUACCCUAUGAGAUUGAGCGGGAGAUGUACGAUGACAAGCCAGCCAAGAAGGCGAGGAAGAGUGGCAACAUCUUCUCGAGAUUCUUGGGUGGAAGAGAGUCUCAAUACGUCUAA